AGGCCUGCUUGAGCAGGGAGGGAGCGGGAGAGAGAUGGCUCCUGACUUAGGCAGUUGUGCUGAUGAAGUGGAAGAGCUGGUUUCAGUUCUGUAUAGUGCAUGUGUGUUUAGGAGGCGGGUGCUUCUGCUUGACUUGCCUGGGAGUUGUGCAAUCCUUUAGGUCGGAGAAAGCGCCCUCCCUCGCUGCUGCCGCCACCGCCUUGUUGGUUUUUUUAAAGCUGUGAGCUCAGCCGAUGAGUCAGAGCCAUGCAAUCCUGACACUGCAUCGUGGGACUGGAGGUGAGAGAGAAUCAAAAACAGGAGCUGUAGAUUUCGGCCAAGUACAGUGCAGGACUUCGCUUUGCUUGUGCACAGAAGGGGAGCUGAGUAGUGACCACUUUGUGGGAUAUUCUUGAUUGCAAGAGAACUUCCUGCUUCUUUCCUGGGAGCCCUGAGGAUCGGGUCUGGAAAACACUUUUUUGUCUUUUCUUGGGAAGUGAAGCGAAGAGAGAGAGAGGAAUCGCUCUGUUGCAUAAUUCUGACAGUGUCUGUCUCAUAUUAGGACGAGGCAUUGUGAUCAAGUGGACUCCAGCAUCCUCUGAACUGCAGAGAAGAAGAGCAAAAAGAAGAAAGGGAAGGGCGCACAGAGGAAAAGGAGGUGGAGGCACUUCCAUCUGGACUUGUAUGAAACUUAUGACUGGAACUGGAUGGGAAAGUGAACCAUUUGGUGUCUUUUCUUCCCCCAGUCUCUGAGAUGGGUGGAUUGUAAAUCUGUAUGUGUAACUGGGAAUAGACUGAACCAUGAAUCUUCAGGCUCAACAAAAGUCUUCAAACAAGAGGGCUGGGAAACGGAUUGCAUAUUUUAAUGAGCAGGAUGUAGCUGUGCCAUCGAAAGAACUGCAACAGCAGCUGAAGGAAGGACAGUACUAUGGACAUGGAGGGGAAAUACCUGCUUCACAAACUAUGGAGCUUUCUAAAGCAGGGAGUUUAACUGGUGCUCCCAACAAUGUUGCCUUGAUGAACUCUGUUGUUUACACUCAAGAUAGGGGGGACUCCAUGAUGAUGUCUCAGCAGCUGGCUGCUGUCAAAUGGCAGAACUCAUUGAUGGGGAGCAGGUUGCCUGAGAGGAUUGAUUCCAGUUGGCAGCCUUCACCUGCGGCAUGGAACCACAGUGUGGUCUUUGGGGGCAAUCAGAAAGGGGUCCACCACAAUUCCAGUGCUCCAGGUUUCUAUGGCCAUCCUGAAGCUCUGAAAAGAAGCCAGGAAAAAGAAAUGGAGGUGCCCCAGCUAGAAAUAUAUGGAGAUGCUGCUGUUCAGCAGAUGAUGGCCCAGAAGGUUCAGCUGGAACAACAAGCACUAAUCAGGCAGCAAGCUCAAAUGAAUUCGUAUCACCAGAUGCAGAAGCAACAACAGCAGAAUCAGACUCUACCUUUACAGCCUUUCCAGCUUGCAUUCGGUCACCAAGGCCAGAAGCAAGGCCUUCCUGAAUUGUUACAUGUCUUUCAACAAGCCCCAGCUUCCUCCAACCCAGUCUUUACUACCCAGCAGAAACAACAGUCUCUUCCCCAGCUGCAACUGUUUGAAAACUUCUACCCACAACAGCAGCAACAGGCCGCCACACAAGCCUUCAACCUCCAGCAAGCUGCCUCUAUAGCACAUCCCCAUGUGGCAGCAACAGCACCCCAGCAUCAUAUGGUGGCCCACCAGUACCAGCAACCGGAGAGGAACCAGGAACUCUUGAAAGCCCUAACAGAGCAAAACCAACAGACUGUGCUACCUCAGACCCAGAUACCCUUUCCAAGGAGGUCAAGGAGACUCUCCAAGGAAGGUAUUUUGCCAUCUGCUUCUUCAGGAGAAACACCGGCUUCUAAACAAGUAGAGGAACAACCUAGCAAUCUUUUCCUGCAUCACUGGCAACCACAGCAGCAAGGACUUCAGUUUCAGCAUGAGACUGAAGCUCUGAGCCACAAGGGUAGCUAUCCACAGCCCACAAGAACACAUCUGGGACAAAAGGAGACCCUGAGUAGUGAUGACUUGAACCAGCCUGACACAGAGAGGCAGGCCACAUCCUAUAAUGGCAGAGAUGGGGAGAAGCAAGUGGCAAUGACCGAAGAAAGCACUCAGAGAACUAAUGACUUUGUGGGGGUGAGAGGUGGUGUGAUCCAGAGCACCCGAAGAAAACGGUGUGUUUCUCAAGAGGUCAAUCUGCUAACUCUGGCACAAAAAGCUGUUGAACUGGCUUCUCUUCAAAAUGACAAGGAAUUGGAUACUUCAGAAGAGAAAAAGAAGAAGAAUGUGGUGGUUGCAGCACCUGCAGCAGCCAAAAGUGUUUUGGAAUUUGCCAGUUCUCCACAACCCUCCAAGAGACCCCGGGAAGAUAGCAGCCUCGUGCCUCUAAUCAUGCCUGUGUCUGUGCCAGUGAGGAAAUUCGACUUGCAAGCUAUUGGGAAGGAAAAGGGUGAGGAAGGGAAACUCCAGAGAGUGCUAGCAAAUGAUCGAGGUCUUUCUGAACGCAAGCCCUCUGUGAUAGUCACCCGAAGAAGGUCCAAUCGCAGCUCCAACAUGGAAACCUCAGUCCAGCAUGAAGAUGCUGCUCCAAAGGAGGAAUCGGAGGGCUUUGCCCGGAAACCAAAGCAGCGCCCAAGACCUGAGCCACUCUUCAUACCACCAAAAGCAGGCACCUUCAUUGUCCCUCCAGUCUAUUCCACCAUCACUCCAUAUCAGAGCCACUUACGCUCACCUGUGCGCCUUGCAGAUCACCCUUCAGAUAGGAACUUUGAGCUACCUCCUUACACACCUCCACCGAUUCUCAGCCCAGUGAGAGAAGGUUCUGGGCUGUAUUUCAAUGCUAUCCUCUCUGCUAGCGGUCACUCAAUUCCACCUCCAAUGACCCCUAAAAGUACUCACAGAACUCUGCUCAGAUCUAAUAGUUCAGAAGUCACCCCUCCCAUCCUUUCAGUAAUGGGGGAGGCCACCCCAGUCAGCAUUGAACCGCGAAUCAAUGUGGGAUCCCGGUUUCAAGCAGAAAUCCCUGUGCUCCAAGACAGAUCUUUGGCGUCAGCUGACAAGCAUAAGGCGGAUGUGGUGUGGCAGCCAUGGGGGGACCUGGAAAUUAACAAAACUACUCAAGAGAAUGUGGAAAAUCUGCUAACUGCCUCCUGUUCAAGUAUUUUUCCUGGGGCUGGUACCAAUCAGGAGCUGGCGCUGCACGUCUUGCAUGAAGCAAAGGGAAACAUUCUGGCUACUUUGACCAAAUUGCUGCUGAAGAGGCCAAUGCGAUCGCCAUACCACCCACUGGCAGACUAUCACUACACAGGAUCGGACAGGUGGAAAGUUGAUGAGAAGAAGCUUUUCAACAAAGGCAUUGCAAUCUACAAGAAAGACUUUUUCCUGGUCCAGAAACUUAUAAAAACCAAGACGGUGGCCCAGUGUGUAGAGUUUUAUUACACAUACAAAAAACAAGUGAAAAUUGGUCGGAAUGGGACCUUAAUCUUUGGGGAUGUUGAUGCCACUAAUGAGAAGUCUAUGAAAGAUGAAGCUGAGGUUGAUAUCAAGAGUUCCCAUAGGUUUGCACGUGUUCUUCCUCCCAGAAAGGAGAAUUACAGUGAGGAACAUACACACGUGGAGGAGGUGGCUGAGAAGGAGGAAGAGUUGGAUGACAGGAAGAGCACAGUGCCUCUCAAGGCCACACAGACACUACAAGCCAACGAAGUGGUCAAUGAAGUCCUUAUUUCAAGAAGCAAGGAGUCUAAUGCUGCAGGGGAAGCCAACACUAGGACUGUAAGGAAGCCUAAGGAGGCAGCAGUGAAGUCUCAGAAGACUCCUCCCCCAGUACAGAGGAGGAGACGGAAACCAAAGCCAAAACCAGACACAACCAGUAAAGCUCAGAACCAGGAGAACACGUUUCCAUGUAAAAAAUGUGGCAGGAUCUUCUCCAAGGUAAAAAGCCGCAGCGCUCACAUGAAGAGCCACGCGGAACAGGAGAAGAAGGCGGCAGCACUGAAACAGCGAGAGAAGGAGGCGGCGGCCGCGGCAGCCGCAGCAGCAGCGCAGCGGGAGGAGAGCAGCGACAUGGGGAGCAGCAGCAGCGACAGCAGCGACAGUAGCAGCUCGGAUGAGGAUGGGGAGAUUUAGCCAUAGCCCAGGGGAAGUCGAGGGAGCAGCAAGGCUGGACCCCGCCUCUCUCUCGGUGUGUUUGCCUCCAUUCCUGCACUUUCCUUAUCUGGGCUGAGUUCUACUAGGCUUCUGUCCAUUGCUGCCAUUUCCUCACCCCACAUUCUGCAUCUCACCCUGCCAGUAUAGACUGAGCCAAAUCAGUGGAUAAAGAGAUUUGUGUGAACCUGGAUAUUCUUUUUUACAAACCAGAUUUCUAUUUUAUUUAUAAAGGCACCUGAGGUACGUAAUAGAACAAUGUCAUCAGGAGCGGAAUUUAGUUCUCCUGCAGAUCAGUCAGGGCUUUUUCCUUGUGCUUGCCAAGACUCAUGGCAAUGAGACUCUUGAGUGUAAAGGCUUCCAGAUCUGAGCAAGAAAAAGAUGCUCUGCCCUGAGACUGUCUGCAUCUAGUUACUGUGACACCAGUGUUUUGUAAUGAUUUCUUUCCAUAGCAGAUUCCUGUCAAUGCCCUUCCUGCUUUCCUCCCUGUGCGCUAUCCAGGCUCUUAACAAGUUCUGUGGAAAUAUGAGACAUACUCUGGGUAUGACUGAAGUGUGAGGGAGAGGGGUGAAGAACACUCAGCCCACCCCUCUCCUCUGAGAGGAGAUUUCUAUUUUUCUGUAGCAAGGGGAUGCCUGAUAUUUCCUGUGCCAUUAAGAGUUCAGUAGUGGACAUAUAUCCUCCCUUGCAAUAAGAGUAGCCACAAACCUUAAAGAUCUGGCUAUAUUGUGUACAGGAAGCGAAGUAGUUAUUGGGUCACUUUUAGAAGAAUUUGCCCCCUCACAAGUACAAUUUGAAAGGCCUCUAACGAUCACAUCUGGCUUUAACUCAUUACAAAAGGGAGCAAGGUGGUUAAUGAGACUUGACCCAAGACACCGUUUUUGGACUGUGCACGCCUCACAGAGAUGGGAAGGGUGGACUCUGGUCUCUUCCUCAGGCUUCUUUACUCCCUUCCCCAAAUGGCCAUUAUGCAGGGGGAUGCCUGUUUCCCUAUUGGCCUUUACCAAUCCCUUUAAAUGGCCACCUACAAGAGUUACACUGAAGAAGCUGUGUGUCCUUCCAUUCAUUCCUUUGAUGUGAUUGGACAGCACAGAAUAAUUGGCUAUCCCAUCAUGGCCCCCUUACCAGUAAAAUGUACUCUUCAUGCAAAGCUGGCAUUGAAAUCGCUCCAUUAGCCAAAAGUCCAGGCAACUAGGCCUGGUAUUAAAGCAAAGUGUUAAAAGAAAGCAAAAAUCGGUCAGCUGAAUGCUAAAAUUACACAGAAUCUGUCUGUACAUAUAUACAUAUUGUUCACAUACCUUUAUUUCAUAAAACUGUAAAGAAUCCAGUGUAGUUGCAGCUGUGUUGGUCCCAGGAUAUUAGACAAGGUGGGUGAGGUUCUAUCUUGUAUUGGACCAGCUUCUGUUGGUGGGAGAGACAAGCUUUCAAGCAGGGCUGCAAGUAGAGCUGUACCCUCCAGUAUGUAGUACCGGCAAGAGAUUUUUAGUGGGUAUGGGGUACCGGAAAGACUUGGGACUACUUUCCCCUCCUGGGGGGGGGAGAAGCUGCACUCUGCUCCUUAAAGAAGCAGAACGCAGCUAGGGAGGACAUUCAUUCUUUAUAUGGCUUUAACAGCACAAUACAUAUGCUAACAAACUUAAACAAAGCCUUUGUUUAAGUUUGUUAGUUAAUGUAUUGUGCUGUUACGUUGGUCAGGAGUCCUCAAGAGAGGAGGGGUGGGGGGACAAAAGGUGUUUAAACAGUGUUUUUGAUUCUGUUUCUCCCCAUUGGUCUAAAUUAUCCAUGACAUCCAUACUGCAUCACAACAAGUCCAAAUCAUUAGAGUGAUUGUUUGGAUUCUAAUGUCAGCCUAGUUCUGUAGCCUGAUGGGAAUCAGAUGUUGUCCCCAGUGUACCUAGAAUUCUUCUUUGUAGCCAAACUAGUCUAGCAUACAUUUUGUUAAUUGGAACUGGAGCAGCAAAACAAAGAAAACAAAUGCCUCAUUUUCUAGCUUUGUGGGUGAUAGAACUAUAAGUGAAGAUUAUAAUGCUGGACAUUGACAGCCUUAAACCAGUCAGCUGCCUCUGGAGUCUGCCAAAAACUUUGCUGAAAAUAUGUUCCUCCUCUUAGCAACGGAGCUAAGACUUGUCACACAUUUGCCCACCGUUAUUCGAAUGAAGUUCCUUCUGAUCUGGCAGCUCAGGCAUUUUCAGUUUCAUCCAGAAGAAUUUACAAACUUGGAACCUAAUCCUGUAAACCCUUAAUCAUUUCAUCAGCCCCACUGAAGACAAUGGGACUAUUUGCAUGACUAUGGACCUCUUUUGUGGGCUGAUAAAAGUUUCAGGAGUCUGUUCUUUUAAAGGAAGUUGAAUCCCCCAUUGAAAUGCAAUGUUUGGGUACCAUAAAGCAGUUAAAUUUUGUCUUUUAAUAAGCCAUACAUAGGCUGAAAUGGCUCCUCACCCAACUCCCGUACAGACUGAAUACUACAUAUUUGGUGGGAAAGUGAGUAGUUAAGCUGUUGAUGUUUGUAUAUACAAAGUGGGGUGACGGGGGGGGGGCGGGGAGCGGGGAGGAGUCACUUGGGGAGAUCAUGUGCCUCCCCUUGUGUCCCUCCCAUGAAUGCAGUGCUGGCAAGAAAUGAUUUCUACUUGCACCACUGCUUUUCAGCCAUACAGAGCUCUUCUUUUUCUGAAGAGCUCUGUGUGGGUCAAAAGCUUGUCUCGCUAACAGAAUUUGGUCCAAUGCAAGAUGGUACCUCACCCACCUUGUCUCUGUAAAGAAUCCAGUUGUUUCCUUGUGCUGUAUCCAUUGCGCAAGAGUGUUAAUUGGCUCCUUUCGUGGCCUCUGCCUUAUAAGUAUAGGGUGAAGAAAUGGGGAGAUUGGCAGGAGCCAGUGAAAAUAACUGAAGAGGCAAAUGGGAUUUAGUGGCAACAACACUCUCUGCAGUGAAGCAUCCGUAGUACUGUAGAGCAUUUGUACAUGCAGGCAGCCAAUUCUCACUCCCACCUCUGGAGGAACAUCAUGUGCUGAUAUUUAUGUGGCACUUAACUGCAUGAGCAAAGAGCCAUAGUAAUAAAAUGUUUAAAUGUGGCAGGGAAUUGCCAGUUUUCUGGUGCCAGUGAAAUGCACAUCAGAUCGACCUGCAGUUCUGUAGUGGCAUCUGGUGGUCAGAUAAGUUAAUUGCCUGUGCAUUCCUGAGCGGUGCUGUUUAGCUAGUUCCAGCUAAUGGCAGCAGGCUGUCCGUGAUCUGGCUGACUUGCAAUAGGCUCUCCAAGCUGCCGGAUAAGUUUCAGGUAAGCAUGCCUUUGUGCUUGUUCAUGCCUUUGUGCUUGUUCAACUACAAUCUAAUAUAGGUCAGAUUCCAGCCUGUCACCUGCCUGGCCUGGCUCUUUUGCCCCAUGGCACCAGAGCUUCCUCCACAGACCUUGGGACCAUCUCCUUUUUUGGCAGCUACAAUUGUUUCACUGCCUAAUUAAGUCCUCAAGCCAUAUAUUUGGUACCCUACUCUUUAAGCUGUUCAUCUCUGCACAGCUCCUUUUCUUUAGUUAGGAAGGAUUCUUCUUUAUAAUAAAAAUAAAAUAUUGUUAAUUGGCUACUAUUUUUUUUUUAAUGUUAAUCAUUUUAACUUACAAGAAAUGCCCCUCUCCUUUCACCAGCAUAUUUAGCUUCUGUAACUAGCCUGGGCUCAUGCCAGUUUGGGAAUCAGAAAGCCAGCUUCCAGUCCAGAAUCCAGAUCUCCGUUUGCAAUCAUAUAAAAUCCAUUUGUCACCGUGUGAACUGGUCGGGACUGGAAUGUGGAAGCAGAUGGCCUGUCACCUGCUAUUAAUUAUUCAUUAGCAAACUGCAGAGAAUCAAAAGCAAAUAAUUUUCACAAGAAAAGUUCAAGCAGCAAAUCUUAAGAAUUUAAAUAUUAAUAAAGAUUAUUUUCAUUUUAAAAUUGCAUGUUCUUCGCUAUUCCAGCAGUGCUGUAAAUAACUGAAUAUUUGGAGUGCUCCUGUCAAGGGGAGUAAAAAGUCAAAGUAACUGUGUAUUAUGUUCUACUCUAAAGAAGUCACUUCUGAAUUCUUCACAUCUGCUAAUGAUCCAUUUUCAGAGUUGGACAUAAAAUCAAGUAAAAGGUUACAAUGCAGUUAAGCCUUAAAAUGGCAGUUCUUUCCAGAAGAUUGGAAAGUCACUAAUAAGUGUCAGACCCUGGGAAUUAUAGAGUAAUGCAGCAGUUUAAAAAGCAAAUAGGAUGAUUUAGGUGCAUUUUAAAAGGGAUUGAAAAUAAUGCAGAACAUAUUAUACCAUCAUAUUGAACACCUGGAAUACUCUGUCCUGUUAUAAAGUGGAGAUCAAAAAGGCCCAGAAAUAAGCAACAAAGAUAAGUGAAGAUACACCUGGACUUAUAUGGGCUGAGAUAGUGAGCAGUCACUAGGAUCAUUGUGUUGGAGAGGAGGCUUGACUGCGGUAUUCAAAAUUAUAAGGGGAAACUUAACAGUCUCUCUCCUUUAUUCCAUAAUAAUGGAACAAGGGGGAGUCCCUUAAAUUCAAGGGCAGUGCAGUUAGAACAAAUAACAAAGAAAUACUACAGCAUGUAGCCACUCUGGAAAUCAUGACAUCAGAUACCUUGGGAGGAUUUCAGAAAGGGCUAUAUAAGAUCAAAACCUCUAGAAUUCUCAGGUAGGAAAACUAAGAUACGGCUAAUUAAAUUGUAUGGGUCAGAAAAUAAAGGUUCUUUUGCUUUCCCAAUGAGAACAGUGCAGAGUUAGCUAGCUGAGUGGUUCUUUACCUUCCCCUGAAGCUAGGUAAAGAUGCCAAACUAAAUGGAUUGUGAAUCUGCUCUGCUGCGGAAAAUCCUCCAUAUAGGACAGGGAUUCUGGGACACACCAUUUAAUGUGCCCCCAAAAUGCCUGUUCUCCCUUUCUGAACAGAAGUUAAAUACAGUUCUUUGUCUCUUACUCUCCUUUCCUGAUUAUGCACUGAGUAAAAUGAUUUAGUAUUUUUAAAGUGCUCCCAAAGUGUGCUUGAUGCUUUAAAGAACAAAUAAAGUCUAGUCACUGCCACGAAGAACCUACAGUCUAGUUGUAGCUAUAUACAUGGCAAAUGGUGAUCGCGGUCAGUCAGGAGGGGAAGGGGUGAGGAAGUACAGGGUGAAACAACAAGAUCAUGCAAUUGCUCUAUGCAUUGACUUAGUCUUCCUUAUGGGAUUGAUAGCAAGUUCUUGCACUGAUACUGUCUACUUCUAGGAGCCAGUAGACUAGCUCCUUUCUUAGAUCUCCUUUACCUCUUAUCCCAGGGGACAUCCAUCUAGACAUGGGUGCUGAUUGAUUUUGCUCUGUAGAAAGGGUUGUUUUGUUUGUUUUAAAAAUGCGCAAAAUUAGUGGAUGUAUUAGAUAUUAAUGAAUCAAGCAUUGGUUGUUUUUUCAUCCAUGCAGAUUUCUUCUCUCCUAAUCUUUUGCAGCUUGACAGUCUGUUCUAAUUCAGUAUGUGUGGCGGUGGAAUAGGUAGAAUUAGCACAUUUGGUGGGGGUUGCUUAACAGAGAGGACCUUUUCUAUGGGAACAAAUGCAAUGUUUAAACAAAAUCCCCUUGCAGAUUGCAAUUCUGCAUGUGCAAACAUAGUGUACUAGCCUUUUCACUGUUGGAGGUCAAGUGAGGAUGUAAACCUACUUGCCUUUUGGCCAUAUUUUAAACAUUACACAUUUGAAUCUACCAGACACUGGAUGCCAUUGAGAUGUACUGACAGGGUGCGUGUGGGAAAUCUCUCUUGCCUUCCUGUACUAUUCCUGGCUUUAUAAGCACUCAGUAUUACACCUGCUGUCUGGUGUGAUCUGCAUAGGGACAGCAUUUCAGUUUUGUAGCAGUUGUGUUUGUUUCUAUACCUGUAGUUAUAUAAGGAGAUGCAAAUCUACUGUCGCUCUGGUAUGUGGCAAUGUAGCUGCAAUUCCACAUUUUUAUUUAUUCAGCACAGUUAUUUCAGGCUGGACUGAACAGGUAAAACUGAUCUGAGAGAACUUAGCUCUGAGGUAAAUGUAUCUCAAGUCUACCAAGAUGCUACAAAAUAAUAACAAUCAAAAAAGCCUACAAUGGCAUAUAGUGUUUUGAAUGGCUAUGCAGGGGUAAAUAUGUUUACUAGCAUGGCAUUUUGAUAGCUAGAGACUAGUAGAAAUACAGCUAUUUGACAGCAGGUAAAGGGUAGCUUUGAAAUCUGAACCUAAAGUCUCUGUUAAAAAUAUCUAUUCAUCCCUAUGAUGAUGAUGAAAUGUGAAAUUAAAGUUAGCUAACCAGAUUUCUGGGUGGCUGAUCGUUAUUUAUUGACUUUAAGAAUUUAAUUGGAUGAAGCUUUUAGUUAUAGUACGCUAAGAUUAAGAAUAAAAUGGCUGACACGCAAAAACAAGUGUUUCCUAAGCCAAACAGAAUGCACCUUUUUACAAAUGUCUCUGCCUGUUACCUGGUGUACCCAUUCUACCAGUCACCGAUCUAGAAAAUCAUGAUGAUAUAAAAGUCUCCUGCUUUUAAAAAGUUGUGGAGAUUUCAUCCAUAAAGAUCUUAGUCUCCUUUCAGUAUUUGUCUAGAACAGGGGAACCUGAUGUUAUGACAACGUUCUAGCCCCAUGAUAGUGUCUUCUAAGCAAAGUUCUAUAAUUUACUGAUUAAUCCUGUCAGUUAAAAGCUAGAACAUUUUCCCAUGCACUCUUUUCCUAACAUGCCCACACAAACUGUAGUCUCCUGUAUUAUCUUCCAGUGUACACUUUUGAAGUUUAAUUAAGUUUCCCAGAGAAUAGGAAGCAGUGUCUAUAUUGCCAGCUUUGUUUUGCGUGAGUAGUGUGGUUUUUUUUUGUAAAUUUUCCAUUUGGGUUCAGCUGCUUCAUUCACCCGCAUUCUUUCCAGUGUCAGUUGUUGGGAGAAAUACAAAAUUGUAAUCCCCAGCUGUCCAAAAAAAAGUAAAAAUCAAAAUAAAAAUUCUUUCUGGAACAGGGGAUUCCAUCAACAGCUGAGCCUGGAAAAUCCCAGCUCCUUAAGUUUGGGAGAAGGCAUAUAUUUUUAUAAAAUGUAAUUGCAUAUUUUUAAAAACCUCUUUCCAUGUUCUCCAGCUUCUCAAAGUGUAUUAUUUUUCCCUUGUAGCUUAGAUUUGAUACAAAUAGGGGUUUUUUUGUGCAUUUUACCUUUUUUGUUCUGUUUUACAUUUGGUGAUGUACUGUACAGGAACAGUCUCAGCCUUUGUAAUUACUGUAUAAAUGCUUUAUUAUAAAAAGUAUAUUACUUUUAUUUUAACAAAUGAGCAGACACUGUCUUUUUGUGUGUUUGCUGCUUAGGGCACCUUUUAAAAAGACUGUUACAUAUUAAAAUAGUGUACAUAUCUAUAUAAAAUAUUUACCUUUUUUUUGCUGUACAGUUGUGAUAGACCAGACUGAAUUUAUUUUUUGUGCUCUUUUUAUAAAAUAUUAAUACACUAAAGGAAAUCUUGCUGAUGUGAUUGUAAUGUACCCAUGUAACUUAUUUACUUAAUGUCCCUCUGUAUCUUUUAAAACCUUUUAUUAAAUAAGGUUUAAAAAUAA